AUGGCCAACGCACCUAGAAGACCUCAAGAUGAAUUGGAGGAAUGCCACCCCAAGGCAUCACCUCCAUUACCACUUUUGAUAAUGAAUAUUCCGAAACAAACUGAUCAGCAAUUGGUCUUCAUAACAGUGGGUGGAAUAAGUCCUCCCUACCGUGAAGUUAAAAACUACAUCUUCAAGAAGACUCACUUAAUUGAAACUUCUGGGGGUCGGCUUCACGGCAUGGGUGUAGCGGAGGAAACACAUUCUUGUGGAUGCCAACUCAAACAGGCCAAUAUAAUCACUUUGAUCUGUUCCAAUUAUUAUAAUGCGUGGGGGAUAUUUGAAGCUCUCAGAUUGAACUACGAGUUUCCCCAUGAUGUAGAUUACUUUAUUGUCGACCUUUGCAAUUUCCCAGGAAACGCAACGGAAUACCCACUUAUGGAGAUCAGUCUAUAUGAGGUUAGAAAUAUACCGCGCUUCAAUGAACUUUAUGUGAGCGAAUUGCCCGCAUUAGUUCGAGAUCACAACGGACACCUGAUUGCGGGCACAUCGGAGAUUGGUAUGACGAUGGGAACCCUGAAAUAUAAAUAUUGCACAAUUUCACAGUGGAAAAGAAAAGCAGACUAUCAUGUGUACUGCGAAAGGGGUAAGUGGUUUUAA